AGAGAUAUUUAGUCGUUCACCGACAGCCGGCCUAUGAACGUGUUCGGAUUUAUUUUUUCGUUAUAUUCUACGGCAGGCGUGGGCAAGCAACGUAUAUUAUACUGAAUCAGAAUAAUCCCAAAUAUGUGACGCAUUUUCCUGUGUUCGAUAAGUGAGAGCUUAUGUGUCCGCAGAGUAGUAAUAAUAAAGCUCUUCGAAGUGCUGCUGCUGCAAAAUCCUAAGUCGAAGACGAAGAAGUGUCGGCUCGGUUCUUGAAGACGUUGCGAAUAUACGAUUCGCAUGCGAAAUCACGAACGAAAAUGUGUGCUUUGAGUGUGCAGAGAGUGACGACGACUGAAUUAAAUAACCAUUGUGUAGUUGUGUGCAAAAAUAACAAUUAAGCCGCUUAACUGGACAUGUCCGAGGAAUACAAUUCAACAGUUUCAAAUUAAUUACCCGAUACAAAUAAUUACUGUUUCAAAUACAGAUCUACCUUUCAUACGAGAGUGCCGAGAUUUUGUGAUACGCGCGAGAUACGUGUGAUAUUGGAAAAGUAUUGAUAAAAAUAAAACACUGCCGAUUAGUACAUGCGCGUUCAGGUGUGUAGGUGCGAAAAGAUAAAUUCUUCUAGUCUCUCCGCGCGGUGUGUGGGCAAGAGAAGGCAAAAAUCAGAAGAAUUGAUUCAGACGAUUCUGAUGAAUUAUUGAUGUAUCUUUUUUCGUGGAGAAAUACAUAUGUGUAUGUUUGAAAUGUGACAAUAAGAUUUUUGGAUAUAUCGAAAGCCGCCUGUUGAUAUGAUUGGAAUAUUCAUCUGGUAGUGGAUUUCGCAAAACAUCUCAUUUGAGUUUGUCAUUUGAAAUACACCCCGUAUAGAUUAAGGUCGUCGAGUAAGUGCAACAUCAAAUUAUAUCGACAUCAUAAUCAGCCAGAGCUAAUACAUACCGGUUCCUGUGAGAGAGGGGUUUGCCUAUGGAUGCUAACACAGCAAGAUUUGAUCUACAUAUACGAAUUCAGACGAACGGCAUCAUCGGAGAAAUAAUGCUGUAGAGACCAUAUUUGUGCAUCUACCGGCGGCAACGGAAUACCGACGAGCAGUGGUAGUGUACAUGUAUAUAAUACGUACGAUCGAAAGAAAAACAAACCCAGGAGGAACGGAACAAGCGCGAAGACGAAUGCAGAAGUGGAGCCCGGCGGAACACGAGAAAGAUUUUUCGAUAGAAUUACGUCAAUAGAAUUGAUUUUAAUGGAUACAAACGUGAGAGGAAAUGGUUUCAGUCUGAAAGUCGAUAGCAGCGAAGAAGUAGCAAUCGUAACGAAAUCUUUGUCAGCGCCAAUCGCAACCGGAGGAACAGCAGGAAAAUAAUUUUCGAAUUUGUUUGAUGCAUGUAUUCGAGAGCUGGGUGUAUGGAAGCCACAAUCGAUUCAACAAUUGAGACAAAGUUACAAACUUAUUUUUAUCUACCCCAAGCAACCAACGUUGUUGGCAAGACGCCCCGAAGUCAUUAUUAUUUCGCAAAAUACGGCCAAUGCUUUCAGCCGUGGAGAACCUAGGAUCCGGUCGGGUUUAUCCCCAUCCGUUUCCAGGUACAACGGCUUCUUCCCUACUGGGCCAGCUCCCACUCUCGGCAGCUGGUCUUCCACUGCUGGGGCCUAACAUGGUCGAUAUGUCAGUAGCUGAGUUUGCCCGCCCCCACCCAAAGCAGCAGAGAUACAAUGAGACACCGAGGAACGGUUUGCUCUCAUCGUCGAGAUCGAAAUACUCAGAAGCACCCCAGUCACCACAAAAUGGACCGGUGAAUCUAGCUGUGAGUUCAAGCCUGCCAAAUCAUCAUAGCACCCAAUCGAUAAGCGCUGCCGCCAAGCUGGGCCACUACAGUCAUGAGUUUCACGAGCGCACACUCCAGGCCCAGGCACAAGCUCGUGUUCACGCACAGCAACAGCAGCAAUCCCAACAACAUCGACACCAGCAGGAGCAGCAGAAGGAAGCCGCGGCAGCUGCUGCUGCAGUUGCUGCUGCCGCGGCUGACAUUGGAAAGCUGUAUUCACCGACAAAUUCUCGUUUAGCGUUUUUCCCCGGCCCGUUGGAUACCAACUCCUACCCCAGCCUCAAUUAUGGACUGUAUCCUUUCGGAUACUCCAACGCUCAUUUGGAUGCUCGGAUGCUUGGCCGACCCACUUAUCUACCGGGACAAAGGGAACCGUAUGCUGCAUCUUCCUUCCUGGCGCCUGGUACAUUCGGUACAACCGAUAGUUCCAAAACAAAGCUAUAUCCACCAGUUUCCUUAUCACAUUUGAAUGGCCACAGCGGCCUUAAACCUACCUCCCUAUCACAAUUACCUCAGGACAAACUACUCUCCGGCGAGAGAAGUCCAACAGUGCCACAUUCUCCUUCGCCAUCUUCGCUGAUUGGUGGAUACUCCGAUAGGGAACGCGGAUUUCUGAAUGGACUAACAGGCACCUCAGAAUAUUCUGCACUGCACCACAAGUACCAAAACAGUCAUGUUGCGCCGCCUCACGAGAAGGAGAGCAAACACGAAUCCAAACAACAGCAUCAUUCUAGUCACCAUCAGCAACAUCACCAUCCGGCGGCAAUUUUAGUGACAGGAGGACCGUCUCUACAACACCCUCAGCACAGCUUCCAUCCGCCACCACCAUCGUCUUCCUCCAGCAUGCACACAUCGUCCCUUUCAAUGUCCAUGGCGUCUCCUAAUCAGCGCCAUCACUCGAUGCUACAACUUCAUACUGCGGACGGUGUGCGUCAUGAACAACUGCACCAGGACAACGAAUUCAAGGUACCCUCCGGUAAGGAGGGCUCCCUCAAGCAUCGCAUUCUCACACGUCCUGUCAGUGAACGGGACGCAAAGCGACGAUCUCCUACAACGAAGUCCUCAACCAUAUUCAGACCUUUUGAAAACGGUUCGACGACAAAUUUUACUAAGGGAGCGCUGAUUCAACUGGCGGGUGAGUGUAAACGCGUGGAAGAUGUGCGAACGGAAGAUUUAGUACAAACAGCCGAGAAGUCAUCGGAGCUACGACUAGCAGAAUCGACUAUUGUAAAAAUUACUCCCCGUAACAACAAUGUAAUAAUCACAUUUAGUUAUGAUAAUAACAGAUCUAAGAUCGAUAUCGAAUCAACUAUAGAGCAUCCAUAUUUUGUGUACGGACAGGGCUGGGCCUCGUGUAGUCCGGAAAAAUCUAACCACCAGUUUGGACUGAAAUGCCAAAAACUACAAGUCGGCGAUAUUUGCCUCUCUUUGGUUCCACGUGAGAAAUCGAAACCCAACCAUUCCGUAUCCGCAUCCUCGUCUUCCGCUUUCCUUCAGGCACCACAACCGUCCUCGGCAGGCAAGUAUUUAUCGCCACCGUCACAGCUUCAGCAACACGAUAUCAAUGGUAAUCAGAAAACACAUAAUCAUGAGCAUCCGGCAUACGGCGGAGGCGGCGCUCAUCACACAAACUCAGCAUGCGAAAGGGGAGACAAUAGUAACCAAAAACAGCAGCAGCAGCAGUAUCUACCUCAAAAUCUCUCGCGCAAAAUGACCCACCAAUUACCAACGAUUCCGACAACGGCUACAACAACAACAACAUCGGCAGCGGCCGGAUCAUCACGUCCAUUAGGUGUGCCCCCGUACAGCAGUUUUCCGUCUGUGCCAGUUUUUUCGAUGCCGUUCUCUGCAGCUAACCUCAGCAAACCACAUGAACCACAUUACCCACUGAAGAUGUCCCCUGAUCAGUUGAAUCUUAGUUCACGAUCAUCAAACGCUUCAUUCAACUCUAUCGAAUCCAACGACCAGCCGGUUGCAAUGGUCGUGGACAAAUCAAACCAUUCCUCUUCGUCAUCGGGUUCUUCGUCUUCGUCUUCAGGGCUGAGCGCUAGUUCGCUGUCAGGCUAUUCAACCUCGUCGUCAUCUUCCUGUGCAACAACAACAACAAGCGCGGGAAAUAGCAGCAUCUCGCUUCCUCCGAUGAAAAUAGCCGCCGAUGACGAUUGCGCGAUCGACGCCUCCCUCUCGCGGAAACGCCGCUGGUCCGCCCCGGAUGUGUGUGACGAAGCUACGACCGAUGAUCAAUCAACUAGCUCUGAGCAGCCUCCAAUGAAGGUAACUAACGUUGUCACUUAAAACUUUGGUCCGAAACUUUUUUCUCCGCAAACGCUUCAGAGGGUUGGGGAGGUUAUCCGAAAUUUUCAACGUGACUUGGGAUGAAAUUGUUUGUCUUGGAAUGAGCAUCGCCAAAUGAGAAACAUUUGGAAGCUUAUGUUCGCCUUCAAGCGCACAUUUGCUCGAUAUUUCAUGCUAAUUUUGGACGACUUUGUAGACAAUUUUUACAAAUUUCCAUUGAGAAUAUUAUCAAACCUUCGUUCUUGGGUACAUUUCGUCGAACCACGGCAGCUAUCAAUUGUUGCUGAAACCUUUUUACUAGCUUUUUUUUCUCUGAAAGAGAUUUUGUAAAUUGAGGUAGUUUUCUCAUUCUGCUCCGCGUUGUGAAAUAUGUGUUGGGAAUUUUUGUAUAGAAAAACAAAAAGAAAAAAGCUCACUUUGCAUAUUAAUGAUAGAUGUUUUCAAACGCAUAUAAAACAAAUAAAUACUUGUAUGUUCAAAAAGUAUAUAAUUAAAACAAAAUGCUAUAGAUGUGAUUCAGAAACUGGAAAGUAUUGAUUGGAAUCAAAUAUAAUUUGUUGUUGACACUCGAAACAGUACCCGAGCAUAUGAUUGUAAAUAGAACAUACUUCUUUAAAGCAAACAUUAGUUAAGGCCUUAGGUAUAGGAUUUCAUUGGACUAAUUGCCAUGUUACAAACUAGAUAGAAAGAGAUGACAUAAAUGCUGUUUUAUUACUAAGCUAUAUUUGUGAAGAAUUUCCGAAACAAGGAAUGUUGUCGUUUUGAAGGUUGGAAUCAACAUCCUUCACUAAAACUCAUACGUACAUUUUUUGCGCACUGACAAAGAGAGACAAACAAGUAAAGUUCUCGGGGCAUUUAAACAAAAAAUAGGUAAAUCUAAAUCAUAGUGAAACAGAGAAAAAAGGAAGUCCUACAUAUAUAUUUUUCCUAACUGCAGUCAAAUAUGUGCCUUUCAAUUACAAGGUUUUUAUUUUCUCAGAGGAUAACGCAUAGAGGUACUUUGGUACCGCCGAAAGAUAUGCCUUUUUAUAUCACCGAAAUUUGUCAUAGCAGUCAAAUUUGGAAAUCUAGCUCACACACAAAGACUCAUUUCUGUGCAACAGCGAGUGAGAGGGAGAGAGAUGUCUAUUUUAUUUGUUUGUGAACAAGAACUGAACAAUUAUCCGAUGGUGACUUCCGACAGAAUGUGCGGAGCACAGGAAAUUCGGAGCAUGCAGUGUAUAGAAGACAAAGUUAUCAUUGUUAAUUCACGUCAAUCAGAAUGGAAAACAAAUAAAUAUCGCAAAAUAAAGAAAAUGUACAAAUAAUUUGGUAUAA